AGGAUAAGCCAAGCGAAGAAUUGUUAAUCUUUCAUUUGGCUCUGAAAAUUCUAAUCACCUGCAAAAGAAGCCGCUUGAUCGAUCGAGUGCAGCAGAGGCAAAUGGAUCUCUUGUGAAUUGUGACAGCCAAGGUUUAGUCAAAAGACAAUGGUGGUAGGUUGAUGCACCGAAGUAAACAAAUAUUGAAUUACUCAGCAGAGCUGAUCUGAUUAGCACCGAUCACAGGUUGGUCCGCAUGCUUACGUACAAAUAUCGUCGCAUUUUAUAUGACCUAAUGGUCAUCAGCGAUUAAGAAAACAUUAGUGCGCACAUGGUGGCAGGUGCUUAAUUAACAUGUAUUAAACUCGGAGACUUGUAAGUCUUCUCAAAUUUGCAAACUCUACUGUUUUGUUUGAUAGUUUUGCUAGCUGCUGCUUCACUCUACUGUUCGGCCAUGGCGUUGGCUGGAUUGCCCCUCUCCGUCUUUGCCAUCGCUGUCCAUUUUUGCCUUGUUUUCUCCUCCUCCUCUUCUCCUCCGGUUUGCCCUGCAAACGGCCACCGUGACCGAACGGCGUACCACUUCCAACCCGCCAAGAACUGGCAGAACGAUCCGAAUGGGCCUGUGUACUACAAUGGCAUGUACCACCUCUUCUACCAGUACAACCCGCACGGCGCGCUCUGGGACGUCGGCAACCUCUCCUGGGGGCACUCCGUCUCCGGCGACCUCGUGAACUGGGCCGCCCUCGACAACGCGCUCGAUCCCACAGCGCCAUUCGACGCCAAUGGUUGCGCGUCGGGGUCAGUCACCAUCCUCCCCGACGGCGUGCCCGUCGUCAUGUACUCCGGCAUCGACGCCCGCCGCCGGCAGGUCCAGAACGUCGCGUUCCCCAAGAACCCUCGCGACCCGCUCCUCCGCGAGUGGACCAAGCCCGGGUACAACCCGGUCAUCCCUGUCCCCGCCGACGUCUCGCCGGACAAUUUCCGGGACCCCACCACCGCCUGGCUCGGCAGCGACGGCCUGUGGCGGUUCGCCAUCUCCGCCGUGGCCGACGGCGUGGGCGCGACGCUCGUGUACCGGAGCGCCGACUUCCUGCGGUGGGAGCGCAACGCGGCGCCGCUGCACGCCUCGCGGGACGCGGUCAUGGCCGAGUGCCCCGACCUGUUCCCCGUCGCCGAGCACGGCGAGGACGGGCUCGACCUCGACGCGUCGGCGAUCGGCGGCGCCGGCGCCGGCGUGAGGCACGUCCUCAAGGUCAGCAUGCCGGACACCCUCGAGGACUACUACAUGGUCGGACGGUACGACGACGCGGACGACACGUUCACCGUGCCGCCGGAGGACCUGGAAGCCCACGGCGAUGACUACCGGCGGUGGCGGCGGAUCGACCACGGCCACCUGUACGCGUCCAAGACGUUCUACGACGCGGGCAAGAAACGGCGCGUGCUGUGGGCGUGGGUGAACGAGUCCGACAGCGAGGCCGACGACGUCACCAAGGGCUGGUCCGGCCUUCAGUCGUUUCCGCGGGCGGUGUGGCUGGACGAGGGCGGGAGGCAGCUGGUGCAGUGGCCGGUGGAGGAGAUCGAGACGCUGAGGCGGAAACGCGGCGUUCUGCUCGGCGGAAACGAGGUGGAGGCGGGCGGGCUGCGCGAGAUCGGCGGCAUCGCGGGCUCGCAGGCGGACGUGGAGGUAGCGUUCGAGAUCGCGAGCCUCGCGGGCGCCGACCGCCUCGAGCCCGACCAUUUGCGUGACCCCGACGCGCUGUGCGGGGAGAAUGGCGCGGCGGUGCACGGCGGAAUCGGCCCGUUCGGGCUGCUCGUCAUGGCAUCCGGCGACCUGCGCGAGCGCACCGCCGUUUUCUUCAGGGUGUUCAGGCUCUCGCACGGGUACACGGUCCUCAUGUGCACGGACCUGACACGGUCAACUUCAAGAGCAGGGGUGUACAAGCCAUCCCACGGAGGAUUCGUGGACAUAGACAUAGAGAAGGACAGGGCUAUAUCGCUUCGAACCCUGAUCGAUCAUUCGAUCGUGGAGAGUUUUGGCGGUGGGGGGCGGACGUGCAUGACGGCUCGAGUGUACCCUGAACAUGUAGCAACGGGGAGCAGCCACCUGUACGUGUUCAACAAUGCGUCAGAUGCGGUGAAGGUGUCCAAGCUGGAGGCAUGGGAGCUCGCGACGGCUAGUGUCAAUGCUGGAGACGACGGGCUGAUUUCGUAUGGUGGUCCUGUAUGUGCUGCUCAAGUGCAGUAAUAGCUGCUGGCAUAUGCUCUAUAGUACUCCCUCUAUUUCGAAAUGUUUGACACUAUUGACUUUUUAGCA